UUUGAACGUGUUUCUUGCCAAUUUCCUUUCCAACGUCUAUUAAAACGCCACAAAAAGUGUGUGCAACUUCAGUUACCACUCAGAAAACCGGCCAGUCUCAUUUCAAUUUUCCCUCGUUUUUCACUCUCAACCAACACGAAAAUGAUAAGUCUAUUUUUCAAAAGGUGUGCACCUUUUUCGUCGUGUUCACUAACAUUUUUGUCUGUCAUUAUUCUGUCAAUUAUUAACAUUAACAUAUCAUCUGUCAACUGUCAUCCUCUUGAUUCUUAUUUCAGAGCUAUGAGUACAAACCCUAUUGUCACUCCACAAUGGUUGAUGCAAAAUGUCAAUAAAGUACGAUUAAUUGAUGCUACGUAUGCACCAACAGCCACUCGUGACUACAAGGAGUUCAAGACCAAAUGUUACGGAAAUUUUGAUUUAUUGACAAAAAAUAAUACUGUGGCUGCGUAUACCGGAGAGCAUAUUCCAGGAGCUGCACACUUUGGCCUUGACUCUGCCUAUUUCCCAUCGCAGUACAUAAAAUUUGAUCUGUACCCGCCAGAGCAUUUUGAAAAAUAUUUACGCUUGUUGGGAAUCAACAAUGACGAACAGGUGGUCAUCUACAGCAGAGGUCCUGCCGCAGGAAUGAUGUUUGCCUCGAGAGCAUAUUGGACACUCAAGGCCUAUGGAUUAACCAAUUUGAGCCUUCUGAACGGAGGGCUUGAUGCUUGGAAAGCUGCUGGAGGGCCAACUGAUAACUCCGUCGUCACCCCAAAACUUGGAAACGUCAAUGUCAAGUCGUUGGAUAAUACAAUUUUGGCAAAGUUUGAAGAAAUUCCUUUCAAUGAAUUUGCUGAAAAUAAAGUUGAUUAUCUCGAUGCAAGAACCACACCACAGUUCACUGGAGAAGAGCCCCUCAAUAAAACUUUCCCGGACACCAAAGCCACCGGAUCUCAUGUAACUGGUGCUAUCAGUUUCCCUAUGGCUAAAGUAAUCGGUCCAGAUGGGUUUAUUAGUCAGCAAGAUGUUGACGCACAGAUUGCCAAUCUCGGUUUGAAAUCUGGAAAUCAAGUAUACGUGGCAUGUAACACUGGAAUUCAAGCUUCUGUCAUCUUUGUUGCUUUAGAGAGAAGUGGUAUCAAAGCAAAACUGUAUAAUGGAAGUAUGACCGAGUUAGCUUCUCGUGCCCCAGAGCUUGUCAAUGCUACAGGAAACAAUUGA